CAUAACCUCAAAUUUACAAAAAUAAACAAUGAAUUCCGAAUUUAAUAUCGAAGAAACUUAUAGAGAUGCCUGUAGAAUUUGUUUGAAACACUCAGAUAAUAUGAAAAAUUUAUUUAAUCUAGUAAUACCAAAAGACAGCUCGCCCGCUGUGGAUUUUAUAAGAAAAAUGAGCGAUUUAAAGUUAUUACAUUCCGAAAACUUACCUUCGAAUAUAUGCAGUGACUGCACUCAAAGAGUGUUUGAAACGUUUGAUUUCGUAGAAACUUGUGUAGCUUCGGACGCUCGCCUUAGGAAUUUGGAAACCAGGAGGAUGUUGAGAAAAAUCGAGGCAGAGGCGUUAGAACAAGAAAUGGAAGAAGAAAUUAUCGUCAAAUGCGAUAUACCUACGUUAGUAGAAAACAUUUCCGAGGAUGAAAUCACAGAGAAAUCGGAAGAAAAAGACAAUCCUUUACCUCCUGAAUUGCAAUUCACUAUAACCAGAAAAAUCAAUACAUACAAAUGCGAUAACUGCAAUUUAAAAUUUACCAACAAAACUAAAUUUUUAUUGCAUCAAAGGAACCAUAAAAACCAACCUUACAAAUGCUCGGAGUGCUCUAUUAGCUACAGUAAAAAAUACCUGUUAAAUUUACACUUAAAAUCCCAUACGAACGAAGACAAGGCAUUCAAAUGCAACGUUUGUGGAAAACAAUUCAAUUUCGAAUACUUGCUUAAACAGCACGAAUUUAAACACCGAGAUACCAAACCGUUUCCCUGUACAAAAUGCGAUAAAGGCUGUUUAACUGCUGAGAGUCUACGCCGACACAUGCGCACCCACGACGAAAAUUACAAAAAGAAAGUCCACAUUUGCCAUUUAUGUAACAAAUCGUUCGCAUACCCGAGUUUCCUUGCGGAACACAUGAAGAACCACACGGGGGAGAAGCCCCACGUGUGCAAGGAAUGCGGCAAGAGUUUUAGGCAAAGUGGAGCCCUGCACUUUCACCAAAAAACCCACACCGGCCUCAAACGGUUUCCUUGUACGAUUUGUAAAGAGAAAUUCAUGGCACGCAGCAUUCUGAAAGUGCAUAUGAGGAAGCACACAAACGAGCGUCCAUACACUUGUGAUAUUUGCGGAGUUUCCUUCAGACAAUCGUCGGAUUUAAAAAGUCAUAGGAGAAUUCACACUGGGGAGAAGUUAGUGUUAUGUACAGUGUGCGGUAAAAAAUUGUCUACAACAGGUCAAUUAACAAUCCAUUUGCGGAGUCACACGGGUGAGAAACCUUACGUUUGUCACACGUGUAAUAAAUCAUUUGCCUCGAAGACGAUGCUCGUGACCCAUGAAAGGAUCCACACUGGGGAGCGACCGUACAAUUGUAAAAUAUGUGGUAAAGCGUUUAGUCAAAGUUGUACUUUAAAUACUCAUCUCAAGACGCAUAAUAAAAAGAAAGCUGUUAAGAAUAGUAAGGGAGCUGUAAAAUCAAAAGAGUAUUUUUUAGGGAAAGAUAGUGGAGAAGCUACGGUAACAACUCUAGACUCUAUGUUAAGGGAGCAUACCCAAAAUGAAGACUUUAUGUUAGACGACGUUGUUAAAAUGAAAACUCAGGAUAGUCCACAGUUUACAAUUAUCAUACCAGCAACUACUAAUAGUCAUAAUGUAAAUGAUAUAAUGGUUGAAAAUUAAAUAUUGAUUUUACUUAAAAGAUGUGUAUAUUUGUUGAAAAUUAUGAUGUAAACACAACUGAAUCCACAGACAUAAUACAAAAAGGAGCAUAACAAAUGUAUCUACUAAAGUGUGUACUCUUGUUACUAUUUUAAUAAGAAUAUUUUUGAAUCUGGAUGGUCCCACGUAAGCCAUUUUAAUCUCCAAUUUAAAAAUAAAUGGACGAGAGGCUUUAUAGUAUCUGCAUAGAUAAUUGUUACAAUUUAUACUUAAAAAAAUACUUAAAAGUGCGUACACUAGUAAUUGAUUAUUUUUUACAAUUUCAAGUUCUCCAGAAAAUGUUUGGUUUUGUAGUAACAGCAUAAAUUGUAAAGCAUUUUCCGAAGAAACAAUUUUAUUUAGAUGUCUAAUGGAUUUCUUCGUAGAUAAAAAAAA